AUGGAUGAGUAUUCAGGAGUCCAGAGUAACUAUCAAUCGAAAAUGCAGAGUAGUAGGACCUUGAAUGAUGUCUGUGAACUACACCAAAUGAACUAUGUUGGGUUCUGAGCUGUUCAUCAAGAGCUAGUUUGUGAAGAUUGCACUGAUUCUGAGAAGCAUAUCCAUCACAGUAAUAAAAUUUUGCUUCUUAAAGCUGCUGCAAGGGACAUUGUCAGUAAAAUCUCUAAUAUGACUAAUGAGCUAUUUGAGAGCAAUGAUUUCAAAAUCAGAACUAAUUUUAGAGCAAUGAUCAUGGAUUUCUUUGAAUUUUUGCAUGAAAAAUUAAGAGAGAUCGAACGAGAGAAAAUGAAAGAGCUUAGGGAAAUGUUUGCUAAGAUGAAUUGUGACGAUCUUUCCAAAAAGGCUGAAUACUUACAAAGGAAACAGUGUCAAUUUCAGAAAUAUGUCAAGGAUUUACGUGAAAAAUAUAACCAGAAGAAGUAUACUAGGAUUAUUGAGAAUACAGAUGAGAUCAAAGAGCAGAUGGACUCUAUUACUUUUCAUCAACAAGAGAUUGAACAAUGUAAGAAAGAUCUGGAAAAAUUCAAGAACCUUAACAUAAUAAGAAAAGACCAGAAAUCAGUGGAAGUUUUAUCAAAAGUGGUCAGCCAGUGCAUCAAAGUUCCUAAUGUCCGCCUGAUCUCUGAGGAAAAAGAUAUCCUGCACUUCUUUGUUUAUAACAGUCAUUCUAUGUAUAAAUAUAAUAUAAAAUCCUCUAAUUAUGAAGUUUGUAGAAUUCCAGUUAAAAUACCUGCAAAUUUCAUGAGCAUUGAGACUGAUGAUGGCAGAAUUUUUAUAAGCGGAGGUGGAGAGCCUGGUAAAGCAAGGAAGACCUGCUAUGAGUUCCUGGAUAACACUCUAAUACCAAGAAAAGAUAUGAUUUAUGAGAGGAGAGCUCAUACCUUGACAGAAAUUAAAGACUCUAAGAACAAGUCUCACAUAUAUGCUAUUGGUAGUAGCCUCCCAACUGAGAGUAUGAAUAAAUGUGAGUACUAUGAUGUGGUGACAAAUACUUGGACAUCAGGCCCAUCUUUGAAUACCAAGAGGAAUUUCCACUCCUCCAUUGCUUUCAAGAAAUAUAUUUAUGUCAUGGCUGGAUUCAAUGGAGGUCAAAGAACCAACAUUAUAGAAAGAUUGGACACUUUUUAUGGAGAUGAAUGGAACUUUAUUGAUGUGAAGAUGAAGAAUUACACUAAAAAGUGGGUAUGUCUUGAAGGAUGAGGACUCUACACCAUAGAUAGCACAAAAAUACUAAUUUUUGGUGGGUAUACAUCAAGUGAAAGAAAAAGUAGAGAUUGCUUCAUGUUCUAUCCAGAGUCAAGUAUUAUUGAAAGAAUAAACUGUAAAACAGCGUCUGAAUCAAACUUCUAUCAAAGGCAGCCUAAGAUGUCCUCUGAUGGUAAUCUAUAUUCUGUAGAGACGAACUCUCUAGACAUCCACAUCUUCGACAUCAACACGCAGACAUGGUCAGUUCUGGCUCGCAAGGACAUUGGUUGGUAA